AUGAAGAGCGGCCAGAUCGGGGGUUCGCUCGGAAACUGCUGCUUGAUUGCGCAUGUGCAGGUAUCCGUGGAUGGAUACGUGUCCUAUGCCCGGUUGGUAGUCCUGGAUGCGUUGUUCGUAUGCUACGGCAUCCGCACCGGACGGCCCUCAACGUCUGCUAUCGGUGUGCACCAGCGGUUGUCCUGUGGUCUGUUCCUGACCAAUACCUGUGCGGCAGUCUCCUUCAUCUGUUGCUGCUCUGCUAUCCCAAUCACCCCAUCGCUGCCCUUUUUGCGCUUCCACGAACGAAUCAGAGCGAUCAGCAGCAACCGACCAGUAAUCGAAUAUCAGGAGCAAAUGAGAGUUAAAACACUCAUUUUCUACCAUAAAAACGCUUUUCGCCAUCGCACAUCGAUGACAAUUCAUGAGCUAAGGGACACGUGCGAUUUUGUUCAGCCGGAGUGUCUUGAGCACAGCAUAGCUGUGCCUGUGCAGCACUGGCAGCUUCGCGACAUGCUGAAGGGCACGAGCAACUCGCUUGUGUUCUGCCAGGGCAACAAGGUGUGCAAGUUCAAUGUGCCGACCGGUGCGCUCGACGACAUAAUAACGGACCUUUCGUUCUUCCCGACGAGUAUCAGUGCCACCGACUCACUCGUGGUCGUGGGCGGGCAGAAGGGGCAGUACGCGGUGAAAAACCUGGAGAACGAAAGGUUUGUGCUUGGCACUGUCGGGCACGCCAUCAACAACGCGGUGAAGAUCUGCGAGUUCAACGGCGAGACGAACUUCCUGUUCUGCAACAACGACAACACGAUACGCCGGUAUUCGUACGACAGCCUGGACGAGCUCGAGAUGAUCACCCAUCCAUGGCCCGUGAACAACUGCGAGAUGAGCUUGGACGGCAAGCACCUGGUGAGCGUGGGCGACACGAACCAGAUCUUCUACUUCAACGUGGAGGGCGGAAAGUUCGUGAAGGACAGAACACUCAAGAGCAUGAACGACGGCGGGUUCAAGGUGUCGUGGAACGCUACGUCCACGUCGUUUGCAAUUUCUACGCAGGACGGGUACAUCUGCAUCUACGAUACGCGCAAUCUCACGAAGAACAUGGUCAUACGCAGCAAACAGAACAGGAGCAUUAAGGGAGCGUGCCGGAACGUGGAGUUCUCGAAGAAGCGCUCGCUUGAUCUGCUGAUCUUUACCGAGCACGUGUCGUAUUUCACGCUGCUUGAUGCGCGAGACUACGAGAACAAGCAAAGCAUAAAGGUGUUUGAUGACAUGGACAAGCAGAUCAGCGGGUCGGCCUUUCUCGAGGACCAGGAGAAGGUGUUCAUCUCCAUGGAUGACAAGAUCAUACAGUACAAGCUUGAGAACAGACGGACGUUCGGAUCGUACUGCUACGAUGCGGUGUGAGAGGGCGGUGUUGGGCGGCAUGACGCGAAGGUUUUUUACCUUUGGGUGAG